AUGCGGAUAGUCGGCAGCUCGGGGGGCUUCCUCCGCACCCUGCACCGCGGUGCUCUCCCUCCUCGUACUGGCGUGAGCGACUUGCAGAAUCAGCUUGGUCGCGUCUGUCUGACAGCUAACUCUGGUCUGGCGCGCCCGCAACUCCAAUCCAUUUCCUCUGUCCAAUCCCUGUUCCAAUCAAAUUCAUUCGCGACUGCUUCUACCCCUCUCAAGGCGAGCAAGACCCCCAAGGCGAAGAGCUCCAAGAAAGCCGAUAGCGAAGCCAAGCCUCUCAGCGAAGAGCAACAGGGAAUUCGGAAGAUCAAGCAACUCCGGGCUCAUAUCAAAGAGCUCAAGGCGACUGCCCUGACCCGGCGGCCCAAGAAGCUACCCACUUCUGCCUACAGUCUUGCUUUGUCUGAGAAGCUGCGCGAGAUCAAAGGUCUAUACCCGGCCAAGGAAGCAUUCCUGAUUGGUGUAGAGCAUGCCACAUCCCUCGGCCCUCAAGAUGAGGAGAGACUCCAAGCUCAGGCCAAGGCGAACAUAGCCGCUAACGCCGCUACCUACAACGCGUGGGUCAAGUCGCACACACCUCUCCAGAUCAGGGAUGCCAACAGUGCCCGCCUAACCCUUUCGCGUCUUGGGGACAAGAACUACCCCCCCAUCAAAGAUGAGCGCAUGCCCAAAAUACCCAAGUCCGCCUACAUUCUAUACUUGACGGAGCGCAUCGAUGCCCAUGGUUACCGGGGAAAGCCCGGCACAGAGACCUUCACAGCCAUUGCCCACGAAUGGAAUGACCUACCCCAAUCGGAGAAAGAUCGCUACCACCAAUUGCAAGUUGAAGAUCGUCAACGGUAUGAGAAAGAGCACGAGGAGGUGUACGGAGCCCCAGCACGCAAGCAGUCUCGGCAUCAAUCACCGGAACCCGAUCUUUCAACCCGAGUCUGA